AUGGCUAAGGUUUCGAGUAUAAAGUACGUCUUCGGCUUGAUCUUGCUCUUGGCCAGUAUCACGACUAGCCAAACAACAAACACCACUGCAAACUCUAAUACACUCGCAACAGAUCAAUACUUGUCAUCAAAAGUCAUAUUCCGAAACCCACCCGCAGAAGCCCGAUACCACGAUUCUGAUUCUCUUCCUGCCAACGACGACGAGCCCAGCAAUAGUGGAACAAUAGCAGUAUCCGCUAUCGCAGGAUGUAUCUUUGCCAUUGCUCUGCUUGUAGCUGCUAUUACAUGUCUUUCGAAUCGAGGUAGUAGAUUCUGUAUGAGGAUUCAGCAGGGACGUCGAGAUGAUCGUGAUGUGAGGCUGACUGAGGACGUGACGGGUCUGUCUGGUCGAGCUGUAAAUAGUUCGUCGAGCUCUGCUGUAUGUGUGCAUGAGAUGGGAGUAAUUGAGGAGGAAGUGUUGCCAUCGUAUAGUUUGAUAGAUCAACGAAAGUUUGGUAGUGGCAACAUGAGGACUGUGCAAUUCUUUGUAGCUCCAGAUACCCAAUGUAGCGGCACGAGUAUUGCUGGACACCUGCCUGCGAAAUUCGAGCCUAGUGAUUUGGCCUGGGAUCCGAAAAAUCAAACAUUAUAUGUAGUUAGCGAUAAUGGAAAACUAGCUGCUGUUGACGUCGAUGGAAAUCUGUUGCAUCAAUGGAAGGUACAAAAGAAGCUAGAUCUUGAAGGGUUGACCAUUGUCAAGAACAGAACCGAAUUUGUGUAUUUGGGUGUUGAAUAUCCUGCCGAGAUCAUUGAAUUCAACAUUGUUGAAGGGCUAAUAACACGACGAUGGCUCAUACAGGACGUAUUCGAUCAAUACCCAUCAACAACUACAGAUCAGAACGCAGGACUAGAAGCACUUGUCUAUGUCCCAUCACCAAUGUCAGAUGGAUACAUGUAUGCCGGACGGCAAGCCGACACCAAGGUCUUCAUGUUUGACAUAAUGCCACCAUACUCCUCACCAUCAGCACCAUUGAAAUUCCGUGGAAUUAUUAACCCACCAGGUCCAUCAGAAGAUUUAAGCUCCAUGCACGUAUAUAAAACCACAUUAUUCUUUGUAUACGAUACCGCUCAACGAAUCGUUGGUGUUGAUUUGGCUGAUCCGAAAUGGUUGCCGAAAGCAACGGACGAGAUUACUGUUUUAGAUGCCAAGCAGGAAACGCCGUUGGGAAUCUUAAAUACUAAUAUACGUGGGUUUGAAGGAUUUGCAUUGACAAACAAGUAUGCUUUCUUGGCUGUUGACGCAAAGGAUCGAAAGGAUUUGUUGAGGUUUAGCUUGGCGGUGUUUUGGAGCUGCUUUUCGAGUGAUGGUGAUGGGAAAGUGUUGGCAGCUAGAUCAAGUUGGGAAGAAAUGCAAUGA